AUGGCUGGUGGUGAUGGAACAGAACCUGUUCUAAAAGAGGAAACGGCUGGUGGUGCUGGAACAGAACCUGUUCUAAAAGAGGAAACGGCUGGUGUUGAUGGAACAGAACCUGUUCUAAAAGAGGAAACGGCUGGUGGUGAUGGAACAGAACCUGUUCUAAAAGAGGAAACGGCUGGUGGUGAUGGAACAGAACCUGUUCUAAAAGAGGAAACGGCUGGUGGUGAUGGAACAGAACCUGUUCUAAAAGAGGAAACGGCUGGUGGUGAUGGAACAGAACCUGUUCUAAAAGAGGAAACGGCUGGUGGUGAUGGAACAGAACCUGUUCUAAAAGAGGAAACGGCUGGUGGUGCUGGAACAGAACCUGUUCUAAAAGAGGAAACGGCUGGUGGUGAUGGAACAGAACCUGUUCUAAAAGAGGAAACGGCUGGUGGUGAUGGAACAGAACCUGUUCUAAAAGAGGAAACGGCUGGUGGUGUUGGAACAGAACCUGUUCUAAAAGAGGAAACGGCUGACGGUGAUGGAACAGAACCUGUUCUAAAAGAGGAAACGGCUGGUGGUGAUGGAACAGAACCUAUUCUCAAAGAGGAAACGGCUGGUGGUGAUGGAACAGAACCUGUUCUAAAAGAGGAAACGGCUGGCGGUGAUGGAACAGAACCUGUUCUAAAAGAGGAAACGGCUGGUGGUGAUGGAACAGAACCUAUUCUCAAAGAGGAAACGGCUGGUGGUGAUGGAACAGAACCUGUUCUAAAAGAGGAAACGGCUGGUGGUGAUGGAACAGAACCUGUUCUAAAAGAGGAAACGGCUGGUGGUGAUGGAACAGAACCUGUUCUAAAAGAGGAAACGUCUGGUGGUGAUGGAACAGAACCUGUUCUAAAAGAGGAAAUGGCUGGUGGUGUUGGAACAGAACCUGUUCUAAAAGAGGAAACGGCUGGUGGUGUUGGAACAGAACCUGUUCUAAAAGAGGAAACGGCUGGUGGUGAUGGAACAGAACCUGUUCUAAAAGAGGAAACGGCUGGUGGUGAUGGAACAGAACCUUUUCUAAAAGAGGAAACGGCUGGUGGUGAUAGAACAGAACCUGUUCUGAAAGAGGAAACGGCUAGUGGUGAUGGAACAGAACCUGUUCUAAAAGAGGAAACGGCUGGUGGUGAUGGAACAGAACCUGUUCUAAAAGAGGAAACGGCUGGUGGUGAUGGAACAGAACCUGUUCUAAAACAGGAAAUGGCUGGUGGUGAUGGAACAGAACCUGUUCUAAAAGAGGAAACGGCUGGUGGUGAUGGAACAGAACCUGUUCUAAAAGAGGAAACGGCUGGUGGUGAUGGAACAGAACCUGUUCUAAAAGAGGAAACGGCUGGUGGUGAUGGAACAGAACCUUUUCUAAAAGAGGAAACGGCUGGUGGUGAUAGAACAGAACCUGUUCUGAAAGAGGAAAUGGCUAGUGGUGAUGGAACAGAACCUGUUCUAAAAGAGGAAACGGCUGGUGGUGAUGGAACAGAACCUGUUCUAAAAGAGGAAACGGCUGGUGGUGAUGGAACAGAACCUGUUCUAAAACAGGAAAUGGCUAGUGGUGAUGGAACAGAACCUGUUCUAAAAGAGGAAACGGCUGGUGGUGAUGGAACAGAACCUGUUCUAAAAGAGGAAACGGCUGGUGGUGAUGGAACAGAACCUGUUCUAAAAGAGGAAACGGCUGGUGGUGAUGGAACAGAACCUGUUCUAAAAGAGGAAAUGGCUAGUGGUGAUGGACUGAGGAGAUGCAUCUGAAAAGUUCUAAAACAGGAACUGUGUGUGUGUGUGUGUGUGUGUGUGUCGACUGAUUAUGGACAGCUGUGAGAGUCUAGGUUGGAACCCUGGAGGUAGAAACAACCCUUCUCUCUGACUCUGAACUCAACUCCCAGAAUGAGUCUAGACAGACAGACGGAGGGAACCGGCCCCAUGAUACAAGAGACUGGACUCAUGAACCACACAGACAGAUUGACAUAUGGAUAUUAUCUCCUGUUUGUAGCCACUAUCUCCAUUUCAAAGAGAUCUACUGAAGAGACUAUUACAGAGAGAGAGAGAAACCAUACAUUUCCUUUAUUUGUGACUAUUGGGCCGAGCAGAACCAAGGAUAGCAUGUGUGUUUCAGCUGCUGGUUCUGUUUCGGUUUACAGAUGCUGAAAUUGCCCAUAAGCUAUUUUUUGAAUACACAAACCUUCUCAUUAAAAAACACACACACACACACACACACACACAAACACACACACACACACAUAAUGCUCAUCAUGUAGGAAUUGGAUCCCAGGAAAGUAUUCUGCCAUCUUGACAGAUACCUGAACAAGGAACAUGUUUACUUCACCUGUGUGUUUUGUGUACCUCCUAAAGACAUAUAAAUAUCAUUUUUAAUGUGGACAUUUCAGACAUUGGACAGAAUAGCACAAAAAGAACCCUGUAAGAUGUUGACCACGUUAAGCUCAAUAUGUAUUCAUUCUAUGCUAAGUUUUCUGUUCUGCUGAUGCCUAACCGUGAGUUCAUAACACUGAACUCAGAAGUGCAUCUCGAUUUACAUGUUUUGUGUCUUUCUGUUCUUGAGAAAAGGUGUGAUGCUUUAGAAACACACUGUGAUUGUCAGUCUGUAGGAUAUGUCUAUGGUGUUGGUUUAGGUGAGUCUUUGGUUCAAUUGAAAUAUUGGUCCUUGUGUAUCUGAAGAAGCUGCAGUGUUCAGAACGACCUGCAGGGGUCUCCCUCCCACUGAGAAACACUAGAUCUGUCCUAUAGAACAGGACUGGCCAGUAUUCUAAAAGAGGGCCGGUGUGGGUGCAGGCUUUUGCCCCAGCCAAGCAGUAACACACCUGAUUCUAUAUCUGGUGGAUGUUAUCGUUGGAUGCUGAUGCAACACCACACACAUCUUUAAAUGCAGUGUUAACCUACAGCAGGGUUUCCCAGUGGUGUAGUAGGAGCUACACGGAGGUAUACACCCUAAACCCCACAGAUGUUUAAACAGAGGUGUAGGAGGUAUACGCUCUAAACCCCACAGAGGUUUAAACAGUGGUGUAGUAGGAGCUACACGGAGGUAUACGCCCUAAACCCCACAGAGGUUUAAACAGUGGUGUAGUAGGAGCUACACGAAGGUAUACACCCUAAACCCCACAGAGGUUUAAACAGAGGUGUAGGAGGUAUACACCCUAAACCCCACAGAGGUUUAAACAGUGGUGUAGUAGGAGCUACACGAAGGUAUACACCCUAAACCCCACAGAGGUUUAAACAGAGGUGUAGGAGGUAUACACCCUAAACCCCACAGAGGUUUAAACAGAGGUGUAGGAGGUAUACACCCUAAACCCCACAGAGGUUUAAACAGUGGUGUAGGAGGUAUACACCCUAAAGCCCACUGAGGUUUAAACAGUGGUGUAGUAGGAGCUACACAGAGGUAUACACCCUAAACCCCACAGAGGUUUAAACAGUGGUGUAGUAGGAGCUACACAGAGGUAUACACCCUAAACCCCACAGAGG